AUGGAUAAACCCAAGCGCCAGCAGCGCCGGUACACAAACGGGGAACGCAAGGCUUGCCUCAACGAGUUUAGUGCUACCACUGGUGACUGGCAGGCGCGGCGUGACAAGAUCCUGGCCAGCCGACGACACAGCCGCCACGCAACAUUGGGAGGGCAGGGUCUCCAGGAGCUCAUUCCCUUCAAAGACGAGCCGCUGGCGUAA